AUGGGUGAGAAAGAUGAUGGGUUGGGGUUAGGGUUGAGUUUGAGCUUGGGAUGUAAACCCAAUGAGAAUGAGUCUUCUUUGCACUUGAAUCUCAUGGAGAAGCCUUCAUUGUCCAUGCAAAAUCAUCAACACAGAACUUCCUGGAAUGAAAUCUUUCAAUUUCCUGAUCGAAACCCAGAUGCCAGGUCGUGUCUGAGAGGAAUCGACGUGAACCGAGCUGCGGAAUUUGAAGAAGAAAACGGGGUAUCGUCGCCUAACAGCACGGUGUCGAGCCUGAGCGGGAAGAGGAGCGAGAGAGAGCCCAUUGGCGAUGAGAAUGAGGCUGAGAGGACCUCGUGCUCCCACGGAAGUGACGAUGAAGAUGGCAAUGGUGGCGACCUGUCGAGGAAGAAGCUCAGGCUAACAAAGGAGCAGUCUUUGCUGCUUGAGGACACGUUCAAGGAGCACAACACUCUGAAUCCGAGGCAAAAGCAGGCGUUGGCAAAGCAGCUGAACCUAAGACCAAGACAAGUGGAGGUUUGGUUUCAGAACAGGAGGGCAAGGACUAAGUUAAAGCAAACAGAGGUGGAUUGUGAGUUGCUAAAGAGGUGCUGUGAGAAGCUAACGGAAGACAACAGGAGGUUGCAGAAGGAAGUGCAAGAGCUUAGAGCACUCAAGCUUUCACCACAGCUCUACAUGCAAAUGAGCCCUCCCACAACCCUCACCAUGUGCCCUUCAUGCGAGCGUGUGGCCGUCUCGUCCUUGUCAUCUUCUGCUGCUGCCGCUGCUUCCUCCACAGCUCCUGUAAAUGGCCAAACCUGCCAAAGUGGUCCGCCCAACGUCCAGCGGCCCAUCCCGAUCAGCCCAUGGGCCACAUUGCCGAUCCAACGCAGACCACUCGAUGCAUCCGCACCCAAGUAG